AACCCUACUCUAUAAAUAGGUGAUGUGUGUGUCCAAGCUCCAAACAAAACAACACAACAAGGAGCUUCUCAAAACCUCAACACAAGAAACAAUAUGGAAAUGGGAACCUCAUCAUCAUCAUCAGGCUUGGUCAAGGCCAAAUCUGAGACACUCGCAGAAGCUCUUAAGUCCAGUUCACUUGAUUUCAGCAACGGUGAUGGCAGCAGCCACGGGAGCAAGCAGCAUGUGAGGGCUAGGACAUUAUCAUCGCCGAGCUACAGUAGCAACAGCAAAAACAGAUGGAACACUCACAUAAGGAAGGCCAAGAGUGCUCAUCCUGCUCUUGACCUUGCUGGUCUCACUGGUGGUGCUGCUCUUAGCCGAGCCUCUAGUGCUUCUCUUGGACUAUCCUUCUCUUUCACUGGAUUCACCGUGCCACACGAAGAGAUAAUUGCUUCAGAGCGCUGUAGCAAUGACGAUAUUUUGGAAGAUAUUGAAGCAGCAACCAGUAGCGUGGUCAAGUUUCAGGCAGAACCAACCUUUCCGAUAUAUCUGAAGUUCAUAGAUAUCACAUACAAGGUGACAACCAAAGGAAUGACAUCUUCAUCAGAAAAGAGCAUCUUGAAUGGGAUUAGUGGUUCAGCAUAUCCAGGGGAGCUUCUAGCUCUCAUGGGACCUUCUGGAAGUGGCAAAACUACACUACUUAAUGCGCUUGGUGGCAGAUUUAAUCAGCAGAACAUUGGUGGGUCGGUUAGCUAUAAUGAUAAGCCAUAUUCUAAGCACUUAAAAACCAGGAUCGGAUUUGUGACUCAAGAUGAUGUUCUGUUUCCUCACUUAACUGUAAAAGAGACACUGACCUACACAGCUCUGUUACGUCUUCCUAAAACUCUCACAGAGCAGGAGAAAGAACAAAGAGCUGCUAGUGUGAUACAAGAGCUUGGAUUGGAACGGUGCCAAGACACAAUGAUUGGAGGGUCAUUUGUGCGCGGUGUCUCAGGUGGGGAGAGGAAAAGGGUUUGUAUUGGGAAUGAAAUCAUGACUAAUCCUUCACUUCUUCUCCUUGAUGAACCCACCUCUAGUUUGGACUCUACUACCGCUCUUAAGAUUGUUCAGAUGCUACAUUGUAUAGCAAAGGCGGGUAAAACAAUUGUAACAACAAUCCACCAACCGUCUAGUAGGCUCUUUCACAGAUUUGACAAGCUGGUUGUACUCAGCAGAGGAAGCUUGCUUUACUUUGGGAAAGCAUCAGAAGCAAUGUCUUAUUUCUCUUCCAUAGGAUGUUCUCCUCUACUCGCCAUGAACCCAGCAGAGUUCUUGCUGGACUUAGUUAAUGGAAACAUGAACGAUAUCUCCGUACCUUCAGCUCUUAAAGAGAAAAUGAAGAUGUGAAAUUCUUGCAGCGAGAUAGGAUCUUCCAAGCCAGCUCCUACAGUUGUAUAUGAGUAUCUUGAGGAAGCUUACAAGACACAGAUUGCAGUUAUGGAAAAGAUGAAACUUAUGGCUCCAGUUCCUCUUGAUGAAGAAGUUAAACUGAUGAUAACUUGCCCCAAACGUGAAUGGGGAUUAAGCUGGUGGGAACAGUAUUGUUUACUUUCCUUAAGAGGAAUUAAAGAACGGAGACAUGACUAUUUCAGCUGGUUAAGAGUCACUCAAGUUCUAUCCACUGCUAUCAUCUUAGGUUUACUCUGGUGGCAAUCAGACAUAACAUCCCAAAGGCCUACAAGAUCAGGUAGGGCUACUCUUCUUUAUUGCUGUAUUCUGGGGUUUCUUUCCGGUAUUCACAGCGAUCUUCACAUUUCCUCAGGAGAGAGCAAUGCUGAGCAAGGAACGAGAGUCAAAUAUGUAUAGAUUAAGUGCAUAUUUUGUGGCUAGAACCACAAGUGACCUGCCACUUGACUUGAUAUUACCUGUGCUUUUCCUAGUUGUUGUAUAUUUCAUGGCUGGAUUGAGAUUAAGAGCUGAAUCUUUUUUCCUAAGUGUGCUCACGGUCUUUUUAUGCAUCGUUGCAGCUCAGGGACUUGGAUUAGCAAUAGGGGCGAGCUUAAUGGACCUGAAGAAGGCCACAACUUUAGCAUCGGUAACCGUAAUGACUUUCAUGCUCGCUGGUGGCUAUUUCGUGAAGAAAGUUCCAUUUUUCAUUGCUUGGAUACGUUUCAUGUCAUUCAACUACCACACAUACAAGCUCCUUGUAAAGGUACAAUAUGAAGAAAUCAUGGAAAGCGUAAACGGGGAAGAAAUAGAGAGUGGGCUUAAGGAAGUGAGUGCUCUUGUAGCCAUGAUUAUUGGCUACCGUCUCGUAGCCUACUUUUCUCUUCGAAGGAUGAAGCUCCACUCUUCAACUUGAGUUUAGAGACAAAAAUUGUUCAUUUACCUUGUAUUGAUUGCUUGUCUACACAUGUAUCUUACUUAGUUUGGAAUGUAUAACAAAAUAACGUACUAUGAUCAAAAUUUAGGUUUCCAAAUA